CACAUCAUAUUUUUUGGCCAUGUGUUCAAUUUAUUUGUGUUACUCUCAAUGCAUGCUGUGAAAAAAAAGAAAAAAACAACUGAAUGAGGAAACUUUAUGAAAAAAGAAGACGGGUGAUCAACAGCACCCUCUAGUGGCCACCAUGUAAAUAAAUAGUGUAUGAAUGCCAUGCAUGACUUUGAUAAAAGAUAGUGAAGUACGACCAAGCUUUGAUUCUUAAUAUCCAGUCACUUUAUCCCCAAAAUUCUAAUAAAACUUAUCCCUAAUAGAAUAAUGUGACAUUACACGGUUAGUGCAGAGGCAGUGGCAAGUUUGCAUAGUAAACCACUGUCUCCCUGAUAACAGGUUACCUCAGCUUCUCAGUAUAAGUAUUUAUAUGUCUACCUCUUCUUCACAACUGUUUAUUUUUGCAACACGUUAAAAUUUAAAAAAAGAAAAUCCCACCCUUUAACCUUAUAAUGUAUUAAUUUUAAAUACAAGCUUUCACUUCCAUCACCAAAAACAUACACACACGUAUUGUUUAUGUGGUGACGUUCCAGGAAUUCAUUUAUUUGCAUCUGUAUCAGUGUUUAUGAUCAGCUUGCUGUGCCUUUCCCGGUGCGAAUGUCAUUAGUUUAAGCAAAGCAGAACAGGACAUCGUUCAGGCCAGUGGGAGAAGGGACAGACCAGAGUUCCACCUCUUUCAGGUCUCGAACAGUUCUACAUUCAAUCUGCCACAGGAAAAAAUGGUUAAGACACAGAUAUCCCUGGGCAUUUUGUUCAGUCUUCUACUCAUGGCUGAUGUUGUCUUGACAUGUCUUCCUGUCCAAUGUCUGAGAUGUGACCCCACUGAAGAUUCCUGUUUGGACUGUAAAAAUGCCACUAAGUGUGAGGAUGGAAUACGAUGGGAGAUUCUCUCAAACUGCACACGAGCCUUUGAAGUGACAGUGAACACCACUGGAUCCACUGUGAACGAGGGAGCGGCCAUCACUCUAACAUGUGUCUACGACCUUCCCAACGUGACUCGGAUAACGUGGACCAAGGACGGGAAAGGCGUUGGAGAAGAUAAAGACUUUAAAGUCAUGGAUCAGAAGCUUGUGAUCGAAAACGUGCUUUCGUCUAACAAAGGCAAAUACGUCUGCUCUGUGAACAGCACAUGUGGCAUCUUCAUGUCUCAGCCACAUGAGGUCAAUGUAAAUAACAACAACCUGAUCAUCCUGGUGAUCUGCGGCCUUUCAGCUUUGGGUCUGGUUGUGAUUAUGGGACUGGCCAUGAAAUACAAGCUGCGAAGGGACAACGCUAAACACAAAGAGAGGAUGAAGCAGAGGGCACAGGCCGCACAGGCCGGACAGACCAGCUCUACGGCUCCACCUCCAUUCACGCCGAGAGAGUCUUAAAAAUUCAAAUCCGAAAUUCAAAUAUGACGAAUACUGUAGUUAAAUAAUGUUGUAGCAUUUUGCAUAGAAAUAAAAAAAAACUGUCUAUCUCUGUCUAUGGCAGCAAGUAUGAGUGGAUUCAUGGUGUAAUGCGUCACUCGUGUGUUGAGAUGGGAGGG